CACAAAAUCGGUUUGACAGAAAACAAAACAAUAUCAACUGCAUACACCAACCACCCAAUUCAAUUACAUCUUUCGUUUUUUCGUUGGUUUUUCGUUUGCCUCGUGUAAAAUUCGUAAUUUUUUGAGUUAAUCGACAGAUAGACGGCCAUAAAUAUGACGAUAUAUAAUUUAUAUAUUUUCGAUAAGUUUGGCACAUUGCUGUACUAUGCUGAAUGGAAUCGCAUCAAACAGUCGGGCAUUACACGAGAGGAGGAGGCGAAACUCAUGUACGGAAUGCUAUUUUCUAUCAAAUCAUUCGUUAACAAAAUCUCGCCGACCGAUCCAAAAGAAGGCUUCCUUUUUUAUAAGACAAACAAAUACGCAUUGCAUUAUCUAGAAACAGCAUCGGGCCUAAGAUUUGUGCUUAACACAGACACGACUGCUGUGUCGGUCAAAGAAUUCCUGCAACAAUACUAUGCAAAAGUUUGGGUGGAAUAUGUUGUGAAGAAUCCACUGUGGGAACCGGGCACACCAAUCACUUCAGAUUUAUUCAAACAGAAAUCAGACCAAUACAUUCGACAGUCACCAAUUUUUACCACGAAAACCGCAUAAAAAGACAGAAAUCGUUUUCUUGUUCGAGCCAUUUGUGAAUUGCAUCCUUUUCUAAUCUACGUGCUGCAAUCACCGAUGCUGGAUCAUUUGGAUUUGAUGCUCUUAAAUCCAAAUGAUGGGCCGUAUCUGGA